GCCGAUAUUAACAUACGUACUUUUCAUCUCGAUGAGAGACCCACUGGCCCACCACUCCUCAUUGUCAUGGCAAAUAAGCAUUGUCAAGCAUUUACGGCUCUCGCCUUGGCUAUUCUCGGCAUGCUUCUUCUCCGAGUUUCUGGAUUGCCAUGGAGCGACUCGAACCUGGGGAUAGGAAACCUUAUCCGCAGCAGCAUCAUCGCCAGGAGGCGAACGCCCGACUCUAAUCUCUACCCGGCCUGAUUAUACUUUCUGUCGCUUCCUAUCAUGCCACUACUCUAUUAUUGGUCUGCGGAUGACGGCUAUCUGUGCGUCUGGAGAAUGGUUCACCAGAUAAAUAGCCGUC